AUGUAUCGCCAAUUGAUAUUUUCAGUUGCGCUAUUGUCAACUAUUAGUUUACAAAUGACAUUUGCGCAAAAUUUUUUUGAGCAAAAUAUUGAUCAUUAUAUUACCGAUGACAGAUGUCACGAAGCAGUUUUAAAUUGCACUAAUCAUUGGAGUAUGAUUCCAUUUAUUCCACCUGUUGGAUUAUGUGAAGAAUAUUUCUCAAUUGAAUGUAUGACCGAACUGGUCGUUUCAUCAAAUUGUAUCGAUGAACCGGGUUAUGGUGAAUUUCUAGAAAAAAUUGCAGUUGUAAUUGAAGAUUGCGCUAAAUCCGGAAUGCGAUGGACAUCAAUUGUCCUGAAACAGUUGAUCAGUAGGGCGAUGAAACAUAUUUUGUGUCAUAAAAUACAAAAACAUUGUUACAAUAUUACCACAUGGAAUCCGCAGAAAGGAAUAUGCGACCUAAAUUUUCCGGCUUGUAUAAUGCGAACAUAUGCUGAAGAAUACUGUAAGGAAUUUGAAGAUGACUUAGAGUUGGAGUAUUAUAUGUGCUUAUCGGGUGCAACAAAAUGUAACAACAAGAGAGAAGUAAUCAAUGAAUGUGAGAAAGAAUAUCUGGUAGAAAUCAGACGAAUCACUGGAGAGAUUGAUCGACGACGUAGUUUGGCUACCAGUAAAAAUAAAUUGGAAAAAACAAUUGGUUAA